UUUCCCCUCUCUCUCAUCACUCCCACACUAAAAAAAAAAAAAAAAAAUCUGAAGUUGAAGCUCUGAUCAAUAUCAAUGGCGUCUCUAGAAAACUUAACCCGAGAGCAGUACCUAUACCUCGCAAAACUGGCAGAACAAGCCGAACGUUACGAAGAAAUGGUAACAUACAUGGACAAUCUAGUAACUUCCUCCGGCGGUGAAUUGAGCGUGGAAGAACGCAACCUUCUCUCCGUAGCCUACAAGAACGUCAUCGGAUCUCUUCGUGCGGCGUGGCGAAUUGUCUCAUCGAUUGAACAGAAAGAGGAGAGUCGACGCAACGAAGAUCAUGUUCCUUUAGUCAAAUCUUACCGUUCUAAAGUUGAAUCGGAGCUUUCUUCUAUUUGUGGUUCCAUUUUCAAGCUACUCGAUUCUCAUCUCUUGCCUUCGGCUUCUGGUACUGAAUCUAAGGUGUUUUAUUUGAAGAUGAAGGGUGAUUAUCAUCGUUAUUUGGCUGAGUUUCUUGCUGGUGAUGAAAGGAAGAAGUCUGCUGAAGAAACUAUGCUUGCUUAUAAGUCUGCUCAGGAUAUUGCACUUGCUGAGCUUUCCCCCACACAUCCGAUCAGAUUGGGUCUGGCACUGAAUUUUUCCGUCUUCUACUUUGAGAUUCUUAAUUCAGCUGAGAAAGCUUGUAGUUUGGCCAAACAGGCUUUUGAGGAAGCUAUAGCUGAGCUGGAUACGUUGGGUGAAGAGUCCUAUAAAGACAGCACACUCAUAAUGCAACUCUUGCGGGAUAAUCUCACUCUUUGGACAUCGGAUAUGCAGGAUCAAAUGGAUGAGGCAUAGACGGUCAAUCUCACAACUCUGCUCCAUUAAAGGAGGUGGGCGGUUUGAAUGUCAUUAAUUUCCUAUGUUGUGGAGAAAAAUGUGUGCACAAAACAUAUGUAAAUGAAAUCUGUAACAUUAUCCAAUGAAAUUAAGCUUGAAUGGCAAUUAUCAUUGGUACAAAUGACAUUAGAGACAGCCAUUGUUAUUUGUUACUGUGCUCUAAAAACAGCAUGAUACAUGUCUUCUCUAAUUGUAAUCUUUUAAAGCAUAAUCUUAAGACUUGAAUGCACCUUUUCCUUUA